UCAGGUUUUCGCAGGAUGUAAGUUCUCUUGCUCAUACGAACCCGGUUUCAGACUGAGAAGUCAACUUCCCAAGACGGUUUGGAACGAUGACUCUGCUCUCCAAAGCGCAAACCUGCCCGCUCGAUGUGCAACGUAUCAUCAUGUCUUGUCUUGCACCCAGGAAUGCGGCGCGCAUGGCAUUGACCUGCAGGGACUGGUUGUACGCAUCCCGAGAGCGACUCUAUCGAACCUUAGAAUUGCAUUGCCCGCUGAAACGUAUGGAUCGCACACUCAAUCGAUCUGCAGAAAUACGGGACUUCGUAAAGUUCCUCAGCAUUUCUUGUUGCGAACGUUGCCCUCUUCCUGAUUGGAUGACUUUGUUACCAGCGGGUAAUGUGCGACAGGUCAGAUUGUAUGUCCCAAACUGGCUGAAUCGUUGCCCGUCGACCGCGUUACCAUCCUUGCCUUUGAUGAAUCAAUUGAGGACAUGGGAAUUGGAAGAACUUGUGGCUUUGCCUAACUUACGGCGCUUGUGGCUAGAACAAUGUGACGUCCCCGACGACUUUCCAGAGCUGCAGCUGCGUCCUUCUUCAUUGUCAGACUGUCGUCUGACAUUAAGUGAUGAUUCGGUUUUUCACUCUGGGCAUAUCAACUUCCUUCGCUCGUUUGCGGCCAAUAUCAACGUUACCGGGCUCCUGAUUUAUAUCCCCCCUGGGAGCAAGGAAAUGCUGGACGACUUGGCGACCGUUCUCAAAUCCUCGUUCACAACUCUCCAUUAUCUUGCGAUCGCAUCUCCUGCCUACCAUGGACCCCCCGUAAUGGACGAUGUCCUCCCGCACCUCCCUCGUCUGACUUAUUUGAUGUGUGGUGGUGGGAUAUACAGGGAAGGAGUGCUCCCUGACAAUCUCUCCGAAUUGCAUCUUUACACGGACGAUUGCCAAGUUAUUCAGGAUGUCUUAUGUGGGCGAAGCGGAGUUUUCGUGGAGUGGCUCACUACGCUAUUCCCCCGAAGAAUCCCUUGAUGCUGGGGUCAGGGGGUAAGAGGUAGGCGAUACGUAUUUGGCUGUGUUUUGUAAGCCUUUCUGACUCACGGUAAUGUGGACUGAUUGUAAACUCCAAUGUUCUUGAUGUUGAUUCAACUGUAACAUGCACGCUGUAUUUCUUGUACUAUGCCACACAGAU